AUGACCGCGCCGGGCGGGAAGGCGGCGCGGCCGGCGGCGCUGGUGGAGCCGGCCCGGGCGGCGGCGGCGGCGGCGGGGGGGAAGGAGGUGCCGAAGGUGCUCGUGGAUCCCCGCACCCGGCGCAGCUUCGUGCGCGGGCGGUUCCUGGGCAAGGGCGGCUUCGCGCGGUGCUACGAGCUGGCCGAGGCCGAGAGCCGGGAGGUGUUCGCUGGGAAGGUGGUGCCCAAGUCGCUGCUGGUGAAGCCGCACCAGAAGGAGAAGAUGUCCAUGGAAAUCGCCAUCCACCGCAGCCUCUCCCACCGCCACGUCGUCGGCUUCCAGGGCUUCUUCGAGGACGACGAUUUCGUCUACGUCGUGCUGGAGCUCUGCCGCCGCAGGUCGCUGCUGGAGCUGCACAAGCGGCGGAAGGCGCUGAGCGAGCCUGAGGUGCGGUACUACCUGCGGCAGACCAUCCUGGGCUGCCAGUACCUGCACAGCCACCGCGUCAUCCACCGCGACCUCAAGCUGGGCAACCUCUUCCUUAGUGACGACAUGGAGGUGAAGAUCGGUGACUUUGGCCUGGCCACCAAGGUAGAGUAUGAUGGGGAACGCAAGAAGACCCUGUGUGGCACACCCAACUACAUCGCCCCAGAGGUGCUGGGCAAGAAGGGGCACAGCUUCGAGGUGGACAUCUGGUCCAUUGGCUGCAUCAUGUACACUCUGCUGGUGGGGAAACCGCCUUUUGAGACUUCUUGCCUGAAGGAUACGUACAUCCGGAUCAAGAAGAAUGAGUACACCAUUCCCAAGCACAUCAACCCCGUGGCCGCAAAUCUCAUCCAGAAGAUGCUGAGGUCAGACCCUGCCACGCGCCCAACCGUCGAUGAGCUGCUGAACGAUGAGUUCUUCACCUCGGGGUACCUGCCCAGCCGCCUGCCCACCAGCUGCCUCACCAUCGCUCCCCGCUUCUCCCUGGCUCCCAGCAGCCUGGAGCUCAGCGGGCGGAAGCCGCUGACCGCGCUCAAUAAAGGACUGGACAGCCCUGCCCAGGAGCCCUUGCUGGAGAAGGAGGAAGCAGCGGGGCUGCGGGAGGUGGGAGAUGCUGUCAGCUGCCACCUGGCUGACAUGUUGCAGCAGCUGACUGCAGUCAAUGCAGCCAAGCCCUCGGAGCGAGUAGCAGUGAGGCAAGAAGAAGCUGAGGACCCGGCCUGCAUUCCCAUCUUCUGGGUUAGCAAAUGGGUGGACUACUCGGAUAAAUAUGGACUCGGUUACCAGCUCUGUGACAACAGCGUUGGGGUUCUCUUCAAUGACUCCUCUCGUCUCAUCAUGUACAACGAUGGGGACAACCUGCAGUACAUUGAGCAGAACAACACUGAGUCCUACUUCACUGUGAGGUCCUACCCCUCUAACCUCAACAAGAAGAUAACACUACUGAAGUACUUCCGGAAUUACAUGAGUGAGCACUUGCUGAAGGCGGGGGCGAACAUCACACCACGGGAAGGGGACGAGCUGGCCCGGCUGCCCUACCUGUGCACCUGGUUCCGGACCCGCAGCGCCAUCAUCCUGCACCUCAGCAACGGCACCGUGCAGAUCAACUUCUUCCAGGACCACACCAAGGUCAUCCUGUGCCCUCUCAUGGCUGCUGUGACAUACAUAGAUGAGAAACGGGACUUCCGCACGUACAAGCUGAGCCUGAUCGAGGAGCACGGCUGCUGCCGCGAGCUGGCCAGCCGCCUGCGCUACGCACGCACCAUGGUGGAGAAGCUCCUCAGCUCCAAGUCUGGCUCGGGCCGGGUGAAAUCUUCCUCCUAG